UUUUCCAUCACAGCGAUAGCAUUAUUAAUCAUUAUCUUAUUUAUUGUAAUAACCUUGCAAUUGGCGGUUGAGUGGAGUGGAUCGCCCCUUCCAUCAGAUCACGGUUUGAAAAAGAAACAAUGAUAAUCGUUGCUAUAUCGGUAAUAUUAAAAAUGUAAACACUAGGAUUAUUUUGUAACAACACGCGUGUUCAAUUCGGAUUUUAUUGCGAAGUGUAUCGGCGCAUUUCAAUAUUUUAAUUACGUAUCAUUGACAAAAGUUCCAGUUUGCGAUCGCGCGAAGGAAAAUUUCAAAUAAUUGCUAUGAGACGUUACGUUAGAACAACGAAUGUUAAACUGCUAUCGAGUUAAUCGUAUUGAGUCAUAGAAGAUAAAUGAAAAUGGAAGUUCUUUACAUCAUUAUGCGUUGGAUUAUGCGUUAAAAGAUGAGAACGUUAGAAGGAAAGGUAGUUGUUUUGGGUGCACAAGGCGUUGGUAAAACAAGUAUGAUUGUACGCUACGUUGGGAAGCCAUUUAAUCCUCACAUUAAUCCCACAAUUGGUGCUUCCUUUUUUACAUGUAAAUUAAAUUUAGAAAAUGCAGGAGUAGUACUACAGGUCUGGGACACAGCAGGACAGGAAAGGUUCAGAUCAAUGGCACCAAUGUAUUAUCGAAAUGCCAAUGCAGCUAUGCUUGUAUUCGAUUUAACUCAGUAUAACACAUUCACUGCAAUGAAAAGAUGGGUAUCAGAACUUCACAAGCACAUAGAAGAAUCAAUAGUGUUGGUAGUCAUCGGAAACAAAUCUGAUCUUAGAGAGAAACGACAAGUAGAUGCCGAAGAAGGUAGAAUUUAUGCUACGGAUAUCGGUGCCACUUAUCAUGAGACGUCGGUUCCUCAGGGCGAAGGAAUUGAAAAUGUUUUUCUAGCUAUUGGUAUUGGCCUCCUUAGAUUAUCUUCAACUGAACACGAUUCUACAUCGAUCAAAGUGUACGAAUCCAUGAAUUCCAGUUGGAGCGAUGUAGACAUGUCGCUUACACCAUCCCACGAAGAAAGUCCGCAAAAUCUUAGCAUUGCUCAUGGAAUACAAGAAAAGCCGCACACGUGUUGCUAGCCUAUUUUGUACUUUUAUCGUUAAGACAUAGAAUGAUAUCAUGUCUUUGUAAUUGUAGUCUUCGUUAAUGUCUACAAAAGAUCUCUAUUUUGUUGAUAAUAUACAUGACCGUGCACAAACGUAGGUGCGUAUAUAUUCAUUUUCGAUUUAAACGAAUGUAUAUAUACGUCACAUUCUAAAUUUUUGCUACAAAUAUAUCAUAUAUAUAUAUUGUAAUUAUGUAUUAUAAAUAUUAGGUGUAUAACUUUGCUUCCGUCGUUUUCCAAUAGAAUGUUGACUAGACUUUGACAAAAGAUGAUCAGUUUUUUCGAGGCGAGAUACGGAUGCUGCCCGAAAGAUGAGAGAAAGUAGUCGCCAGCGAUGGACAAUACGUUGAAUCACAAACAUGGAACACUUUUUCACAAUAAAGCCUCGAAUUUCGAAAAAAAAAGACGGCGGAAAUAAAGUUCUGCACCUAAUGUGUCGCCCAUAUUUAUUAUUUUUAAUACUCCUUUAAUAAAAGUGAAAAAUAU